AUGGCAUCCGUUUCUCCCGCAUUACGAACCGAAAACUACCACUGGCGUACGGAAACCUCUGAACGCUCCGAAUCACGAUCGUCAAACAGAUAUGUACCUCUUAAUCAUGCCGGUGUUGUUGAAGAUACGCUAGACACCGUCGUAGACGGAGUCAAUGCCACUGCCGAACUUAUCCGUAGGAAGCACAAUGAAAACGUUAUGGAACGAAGGACCUUUCACACCGAAAUGGAAGUGACAGGAAGAAUGACUGUUAUACCAAGUGAAGCUGACCGCUCAACUCGUUUAAGAUCUGUGAGCACCGAGGACAUUCAAAAAGAACUAUCCAAAUUGAAAGAUGAUCAAAAACAAAAUGCUGUCAAGGAUACACUGGCUGCUUUAGUCUACGAUAUUGAUGCAACAGCCGAAGUGCUUAGACGAGGAUCUUUUAAGAAGAAGAAGCCUAUAGAGGUGCUCGAUUUAAAAAUUUUCAAUUUUGUUGAAAUUGAAUACAAACUUCGCAUAACGCCAGAACCAGACAUCGCUCAACCAGUUCCAUCUCCUCGGAUUCGGCAAGCUCCAGAAGACAGUUUCACUUUGGAACGUGUAUCUAGAGAUUAUGGAGUAGAAAUGUCUGAAUCUCAAACAAGCAGUUUGAAGAAACGGGCAAGAUCUGAAACCCCAAGACGAACGAUUAAUGUUGAGGCGUUGAAUCUUCGAGGAACCUAUCGGGAACAUGAACGGAAGCCGUAUUGUCACGAAUGUUUCUAUCGUUUAUACAACGGCCUUAUUUAUGCUCCAGACAUCAAGCAAACUAAAAUAGAAAAACUUAUUUGA